UACCUUCCUCUCGAUCGACUCCUCGAAAAUCCCCGAUCUCUUCUCCCUCUCUUUCUCUCACAAUCGAUUUAUCGCCCCCCUUUAAUUUAUUUAUUUAUUUUUUUAAAUUUCAUCAGAAAAAAGAGAGAAAAUGUCUGGAAAAGGAGCGAAGGGAUUGAUAAUGGGGAAAUCGUCGGCGAUGAACAAGGACAAGGACAAGAAGAAGCCUGUGUCUCGCUCUUCUCGCGCUGGACUUCAGUUUCCUGUUGGUCGUAUCCAUCGUCUCCUGAAGUCCCGAAUCGCUGCAAAUGGUAGAGUCGGAGCUACCGCCGCAGUAUACUCUGCGGCUAUUCUUGAGUACUUGACUGCUGAAGUGUUGGAGUUAGCUGGCAAUGCGAGCAAAGAUCUGAAGGUUAAGAGAAUCACUCCAAGACAUCUUCAGCUUGCAAUUAGAGGCGAUGAGGAGCUUGAUACCCUUAUCAAAGGGACAAUCGCUGGAGGUGGUGUGAUCCCUCACAUUCACAAGUCCCUCAUCAACAAAUCCUCCAAAGAUUGAGUUCCAGUUUUCAAAAGUUUAUCUAUUAUUUUUCUCAUUGUUGGUAACCAUAACUUGAGAUCUUUCGUAUCUUCGUAUCUGGAUGAUUGAGUAUCUUUUUGGUGGCAAUAAGCUGUGCCCACGUGGAGCUUCAGUUACUUUAGUUUCAUUGGAUUCUUUGAAUUAUUCUGCAGAAAGUGGAAGUAUUUGUUAUUAUAGAUGCUUUAUUUCCAGACACCAUUAGAAGAUAUGAACAGUCGUUUUUUAUGACGCAUCUCUUUUCUAUUUUGCCUUGUGAUGUAGUUUCAUCCUGAUGUGUAAUUUGGUGAAUAUAUUGAAUUUCUUUGACUG